AUUGAACUCACAACUACCACCCAAUUUUGAUGCACAUUCACCAAAAAUUCAUCACUCUAUUCAUCUUCACACCUUAUCUUAUUUUCUAUAUAAACCCCCUCCCACAAAGACAUUACACACACCAUUCAAACAAACCAAGAAAAAGAAUUGAAAAGUUAGAAAACAAAAAUGGCAAGAAGCAUGAAGUUAGCAUGUGUUGCUUUGGUGAUCUGCAUGGUGGUUAUUGCGCCUAUGGCAGAAGCUGCUUUGUCUUGUGGAACUGUAUCCGCUGAUAUGGCUCCAUGCGUUACUUAUCUUCAAGCUCCUAAUAAUGCCAGUCCUCCACCGCCAUGCUGUGCAGGAGUGAAGAAGCUUCUUGCUGCCGCCACCACCACGCCGGAUCGUCAGGCUGCCUGUAACUGCUUGAAAUCAGCUGCCGGUUCUAUUCCUAAAUUGAAUACUAACAAUGCUGCUGCUCUCCCUGGCAAAUGCGGUGUUAGCAUCCCUUACAAGAUCAGUACCUCCACCAACUGUAACACUGUUAGGUUUUGAAGAUGGUGGUGUGGUUUCAGGGUUAUCAUAUGGAAACUUGUCACUAGUAUAUGAGAGUUUAAAUAUUAAGAAUAAAAAUCUUAGUGAGAGUGAUAUAGGAUCAUCUUACAUGUGGUCCUAUCCUCUUGUACUAGAUCUAUACUGUAUUCACUGUUUCUCACUAUGUUGUUGAAUCAAUCUAUAUAAUGACAUAUUUUAAUUUGA